CGCGUUUCGACUGCUCGAGCCACGACAAUGGAAGGCGACGACUAUGGAACUCCACCGCCAGCGCCGAAUAGGUCAAUAGAUGUCGAACUUAGCGGGCAGGAGAUUGUCGCCAUCGAUCUCGACACGCUCGACCCAGACCCACAGGAUUACAUCGACUUGCUUCUGGAGGCGAAGAGCAAUGCGACCGUGUCGAUGUGGACGCGCCUUGCGUGUGAAUACUGUAAGAUGGGUCUGUACGAAUCUGCAGAGAAGUGUCUUGAAGCUGUCGUCAAUGAGGGUGGUUACCCUAAGUCCGCGCUGACACCAGCGGACCAACUUUUGGCCAAUAUCCAACUUGCGCGUGCGAGGAAGGCGCCGAAAAUAAUUCUGGAAAAUGCUCGCCAGGAUAAUUUGACGAAGGAACACCCUAAGGAAUUUUAUCAUAACAAAGCUGCUCGGCAGUUGAAUCUCGGUCAGAUCGACUUCAGUGAUUCUAAAUACAGGUUUAAUACUAUUCUUAUUCGAGGCAUCUUUCACCUCGCGAAAGGCGACCUUGACGAUGCCAUGAAGGCUUUUACGCUUGUGAUCAACCAAAAACCGACCAAUAUUGUGGCUUUGCUUGGUAAAGCGCGUAUUGCGUAUGCACGCAAGCAGUACCCGCAGGCGCUUCGAACGUUCCAGCGAGUGCUUGAGUUGAAGCCUGACGCACUACCUGAUCCAAGAAUUGGAAUUGGGUUGUGCUUCUGGGCUAUGGACCAGAAGGUAAAAGCGAAGGCAUGUUGGCAGAGGAGCUUGGAAGUGCAUCCUUCGAAUUGGUCAGCGUGCCUCCUUUUGGGACUCGAAGCCAUCAACAGUAGUAAAAAUCCUGAUGAUGACGAUACUGAAAGGACGGAGAGCUUCAUUCGAGGCACCAAGUUCUGCGAGCGUGCUUUCAAAUUGAACAACCGAAACGCGGCUGCAGCAAACGUUCUCUUCGAUUUAUUUUUACAAAGAGGCGACAAGAAGGUGUCCUUGAAGCUUGCUGAGCGAACGAUUCAGUUCGCCGAGACUCUGGCGUUGUUCAGUGCGGGUCAUAUACAUGCUGGUCGGCUUGCUCAGAUGGAAGGAUCAUCGGCAGGAGCGAUGCGACACUUUAACGCAGCGCUAAAAGGAAACCCGAAGAAUGUGCUUGCAGCUAUCGGUCUCGCCCAGACUCAGAUCAAAACCGAUGAGAUGCCGGCAGCCAUCCACACGCUCGACACAUUGAUGCAACCACCAAAUCCUCAGCGUUGUCUAGAAGCCACCGUUUUGCUCGCAUCACUCAGAGCGUACCCGCGACCGGGUUUCUCUUCUGCAGACGCUGCGCAAGAACGACAAAAAGCUCGUGAUUUGUACGAGCAGGUUUUGAAGGCGAUGGACCUGUUUGAUCCAGCGGGGUUGAAUGGAAGCGGUACCCGGACGCGCUCAAAGGACGAGGCUUACACACAUCGUAAAGCGAUCUCAAACUUUGGGGAUGAUGUUGAGUUAUUGGUUGAGGCUGCGCGUUUAUGGCAGGACGAGAACCGGCCGCGAAUGCGUCGAUUACUUGAAGAGGCUGUUCGCGUCGUGCAGGAGCGAGUACAAGCAGGAGGAUCACCAGAACCUCGAUUACUCAAUAACUUAGCGGUACUGAAACAUAAUGCCGGCGAACUCGCUGAAGCUCGGACGAUGUACGAGAUUGCAUUGACUGAGGCGAGCUCUAUGGAGGGUGCUGUAGGUGAGGGUAUGGCGACGACGGUUCUGUAUAAUCUUGCGCGAGUGUAUGAGGAUCAGGGCGAGACGAUUAUUGCCAAAGAUGCGUAUGAUAAGCUGCUAGGCCGGCAUCCGGAGUACAAUGAUGCCAAGGUCCGGCAAGCACAGCUACAGGUAUCACUAAGCCGAUACGACGAUGCACACGAAUGGCUCAAAUCGGCUUUAUCAUCCCAAAAAUCAAACCUUAACUUACGUUCUGCACUGUCGCACUUCUUGAUUUCACGUCAACAAAUCAAAUUAGCGCGGGACUUCACAACGACAACGCUUAAGGAAGGUGCGAGUCAUGACGUAUACAGCCUCUGUGCAGCUGCCUGGACUUUCUUCAACACCGCUCGAGAGAAUCGUGAUCCUUCACCUGCUGGUGCGGCUGACCGACGAAAACACUUCAUACGUGCCGCUGAGAUAUACGAACGUGCUUUGCAAUUUGACCCGAAGUGCGCUAUCGCUGCGCAAGGUCUUGCAAUUAUCGUUGCGGAAGAUGCGUUGGGUCCGGUAAAGGCGCCUGGCGUGGUUAUCCAGGAUGAUGCGAUGCGGCGAGUGCAAGGUGCCCGGGAAGCGUUGGAUAUUUUUGCGAAAGUGAGGGAGAGCAUGAAUGACUCGAGCGUCUAUGUGAAUAUGGGCCAUUGUUAUUUCGUAAGGGAUGAAUUUGAUAGGGCGAUCGAGAGCUACGAGACAGCCGCGAAACGCGCCUCGGCGUCUGGGCCGGAUGUUACUAUCAUUCAUUGUCUGUGUCGAGCGUGGUACUCGAAAGCUCUUAAGGACCAGUCGUUUGUAGCACUGAAAAGUGCACUCUCGUUCGCGCAACGGGCACUGCAUCUCGCUCCGCAGGAGAAGGCCAGCAUGUAUAACUUGGCGAUGAUUGAGCAGAAGGCAGCUGAGAUGCUUCUUGGUACUUCACCGGCGAAAAGGUCACUUGCGGACUUGAAGCGCGUGGUUGAACAUGGAGCACAUGCUCAACAAUUGUUCGCAUCACUUGCAGCAGACAAGUCACCCAACGUUCCAUAUAGCCGCGAAAUCGCAGACCAGCGACGAAAGUAUGGCGAAAGCAUCCUACGUCGCGCAGAUGAGCAAGUCACCGCACAAGAACAACAUGAAGCGGCACAAGAAGCCCGACUAGCCGAGGCCCGCCAAAAACGUUUGGACGAAAAGCGCAAAGCAGCUGAAGCUGCAGAGUUGCGUGCAGCGCAGAUUGAGGAAAAUGCGAAGAAGCUCGCUGAGGAGCGGAAGAAGGCUCGUGAGGAGGUGUUGGAGUGGACGAAGAACUUGAAUGAGAGCGAUGAGGAUGAGAAGGGGAAGAAGUCGAGGAAGGCGAAGAGGCAGAAGGUGGAGAGUAUUGUAGAUAGUGGGGAUGAUGCUCCGGCGAAUGGAGAAGGGAAGAAGAAGAGGAAGGGUAAGUUGAAGAAGGAGAGAGAGGCGAACGGAGGUGAGGGUGCUGGUAGUGAUGAAGAGGAUGAAGCUCUCUUUAGUGGCGAGGAUGAGGACCGGCCUAAGAAGCGAGUACAAAAGAAGCGUGUUGUGCGCGACGAUGAUGACGAAGAGGUCGCCGCAUCUGCGCCCCGCAAAAAACAAUUUAAAAGCAAGGAGACAAUUUCUGACUCUGACGAGGAAUUAUCAUAGUCAUAGUAUUGUAUCCUGCCCUGUCUGUACAUAUCAUCGCAUAUCCGCCCUUGCAUUUUGCAUUCUUGUGUAUUGUAGCUCUAGAGCGUUGUACUCGUACUCAUAAUCUUUGCAAUCCGCUCG